AUGGCCGAAACGAACCAGCAGCCUGAUCUGGCAGAUCCCCAGGUCAAUGCCAAUUCACUCAUAUCAUGGCUUGAGGAACAGCCAGAGUCUGAGCUGGUAGCUCGCUGUCAAGACCUUUAUGACCAGCUCUUAUUUGGAGCCUCUCAACCCCGGCACUCUUCCGUGCUAGCCUGCACAAAGCUGUGCGGCUUUGUUCAGCAUUGCACAAAGUCCCGUCAUGCUGUUGUUCAAGCAUGGGCCUUUUCGGAGCCCACGGCCAUGAAGCUAUUUGACUUUUACAUAGAGUGGAACGAGAAGGACCAGCAUCGUUCCAUGAAGCUGGUCCUUGACCUUUUGACUGUUCUAACAGGACAGAACCCGGAUCAGGAGACUGCGGCCUCCAUCCGCAGGCACAUGCUGAUCAGCUUGGUGUCCAUCAUCACCAGGCAGUCAACAAGACCGCUGGUCAAAUCAUGCAUCAAUUCUUUGAACCAUUUGUUCGUCAGGUCGGUGUACAAACUUGAAGACAUUGCAAACACGUAUCGAGAGGUCGAGCCAGCAGUGGCGUCGCUUUCGGACCUUGAACUCUGGAGACGUUUCUGCAGUGCUCUGAUUUCUUGGAUGUACCUUCACUAUGUCUGCUCAGUUGCAGGCAAAUUCAUUGUCACUGUUUUCAGGGCACUACGGGAUCUUGCUCAAGCUGGUCCAGAAUCCAACAGUCUCCACGAGCUGACCGUCGAGACGUGGCUAGACUGGCUACACGAAGAACUGCGUGCUAACCCGGCCAUCCUGGAGAACAUCAAGCUUUAUAUAUUUGUCCCUCUUUUCAAGACGGAUAGGCCACGAUCUUUGGAACUUUUAGACAUACUCAAUCGACCUCCCACGGAAAAGGCUGCGUCCCGUAGCGAUCACAACGUGCUGGACAUGGACGCCAUUCUACGCUUGGCGGCGCUCGAGGUGGGAAAGAAAUCUGGCUUGGUGGAAGACCCAGGUUCUUCAACUCUUCAAAAGUCCUCAAAGUACAUUGUGCUUGAUGUGAAAGUCAUGGAAAGCGUUCUCUCGCAUCCGUCGCCACGUAUACGACUGUUGGCACUGUCACUAUUGGCUACUUCUCCUUCCAGUACAAAACCCUACCCGGCCGAAGCACUGUCUUUGUUGAAAACUCACCUCCCGGCUUAUCACUCGGAUCCCGGCGCGGGUUUCCGCCAGGAAGCUCUCGUAUACACAAAGACCAUGAUUCAAAGAAUCAAAGGUACCAUUACUGCUGGCCAAAAAGUCAUUGCGGGCACUGUCUCCGCUGGUGAGAAGGCAGGCGCCAAGAAUGCCGCCACAAAGGUUGCCGUCAGUCAGGACAUCAUACAGGAGCACGAAAACUUUUCCAAGUGGUACAUGGACUUCCUCCUCGGAGAGCUCGUCCCAACAGCCUCGUACCAGCGGCAUAUCACUGCGCUUCGUGCCAUAAUUCAAGUCCUUAAUUUUGGAAAGGAGCUGUGUGGAGACUCCAUUUUCCUCGACUAUUCGUGGAUACGCUCGAUUCUUGACCUUGUCGUCGAUCCCUUUUCCGAUGUGCGCGAGACAGCAAUCUCUCUCCUUAUGCUGGCUACCAGAGAGGAUGUUGAAGCACUCGUCCAGACAAGACCUGGCUCGUCGACGAGGCUGGUCGACCUGGUUCGUGAUUUCAGGGCGCAGGCUGCAGCCAUGGCUUCGCGGACUGGCAGAGCCGACCAUGGAGAUGGCUCGGCACGACUGCAAGGGCUGCUUUGUAGCUGGGCCAGUUCCCUGGACGAGCAGCUUGACAUUCUUAAUCGGACUAUAGCUGAUAUCGACAUGAAAUUGGCCGUGGCAAAGCGAGAUAUUGCACUGGCUGUGGUCGAACACCCUGUGCAUGGAGAUUUUGCAUCUAUCAGCUGCGCAUGGGAGGUUCUGAGCAGAGCCAAGUACUCUGCUGAAGAUACGAAGAGACUGAUGCCGAUUCAACGCCGUGUUGUAGAAUGCUCAAAGGAGAUAUGGGAUGUCGUAAAGCCUAUUCUUUGCGAUGAUUCCCCAGAAGGCCACUUGCCCCAAGAAAUGGAAGAAGCUCAGGGGCUCGACACUAAAGGGCUGCUCAGUUACAGCUUCAGAGCUAUACAUGAAUCCAGCAACACAAUGCGCCUAAUCAUUGCUCCACUGAGAUUCAGUCGUGUCAAGGGAACUUUAUGUCCCCCAGGCGAUAUUUUCAAACAGAUCGGCAACUUGACUUUUGAGCAACUCUCCAGUCUUAGGCACAGAGGAGCUUUCAGUACCGUGUCUCUCACAUUCGUUACUUGCUGUCAGCUUGUCGAAGACCCGUCUGUCACAUCCCCAGACGCUGCAGCCGAAGAGACGCUUCUCUUCUCUUGGUAUGAGGGCACACUCGAUUGUAUCUUUGCCCAAGUAUCGACCACGCGCCGCUCGGCAGGCAUUCCGGCACUUAUGACAGGCAUUCUUGCGGCAAACGCAUCCCGACCAUCGUUUGAUGAGGUAAUUUCAAAGCUUGGAGAGAUUGCACAACGUCCAGCGCGAGUUGCUGAGACAGACGGCUCGAACCUGCCCCAAGUGCAUGCCUUGAACUGCAUCAAAGAUGUGUUCAAAAGCUCACUGCUGAGCGUACGAGCUGAAAAGUAUCUGCCGACCUUCCUCCGGGUCGCCACAAACAGCCUACGAUCCGAAUUAUGGGCCAUCCGAAACUGUGGGCUCCUUCUUUUGAGGAGUGUCAUUGACUCCCUUCUGGGCAACGCCGACAGCAAAGCUCUGCUUGAAGCCGGUUGGGACGGAAGAACGAUACGGAUAUCAUACGUUAAAUACUCAACCCUCGCGGGAAUUCUCGUCAGCUUGCUGCAGUCCGGCCAAGAGGCGCACGACACAGAGUCGCAACGGAGGGCCGCCGAGUCUGUGUUCCCGGCACUGGACAUCAUCCGUCGCGCAGGGCCACCCGAUUCUCACAGGGCGCAACUGUACUCGUUGGUUUCCGACUACUUGGCGAGCCAUCUCUGGCAUGUCCGGGAAAUUGCAGCACGUACUUUGAGCUCGUUCCUGGUAUCCAUGGACCACAUGAGAGAAAUCAGCAGCCUGCUGGAAAAGGCCAAGCUCUCUGCGAACAGGCUACACGGUACUCUACUUACUAUCAAGUUCCUGGCGGAGAAGGAAAAUCUCGACAGUGACGUCAUUGCCAGUCUGUCGUCUGAGAUUGAGCCGAUUGCCGAUCUUGAGCUAUACCAGCGUUGCCCACAAGUUCAAGCUGUUCAUCUAGAUCUGUUUUGCUUGCUCCUGAGGAGGUCUUCGUCACAUACCAGCUGUCAUCCAGGCAACUCCGUAUCCCCACUGACCCACGCGAACCGCCCAGCCUUGAUUUUGAACUCGGCACAAAGCACCCCAGACGCUUCGCUCCUUCGAAUUCAAUGCGGGCUCGAGGCUAUUCAACGGGCCUCACAAGUGGGCAAUACGGAUCAGCUGAGAGAUUCAGUGCUCGAAAUGUGCAGCGUGGACACAAACGCCGCAGCCCGCAUGAUUGAGGCGGUGCCUGACUUGUGGAAGACGGCCAAGGAUGCCAAAGUCACGUCGCAGUUGUGCCAUGCAUACAUCUACAUUGCCAUGAAGAACCGCGAUGAGGAAGUUCGGGUGGCGCUACUCAACAACAUCGCUGCUACAUUGGAGAGCCUGGUCUCGGCACAUGAGGUGGAUCUGCUCCCUGCAUCCCAGGACCUCAGCGCCUUGUGGGGUACCAUUCAAAGCCAUCAGAUGAACCCAGCCAUCUUCCAGGCUUGUCUCAGGACGAGCGGCCCUAUGAUGGCUGCCAUGUGUCUCCAUUCCGGACAGGACGGUGCGCCCCAGACACUUGGGCAUCAGCUACGAUGUUGGGCAACCAUCAUUAGCGAGGCUGGUCAUGAUGACAACGCAUUUGAUACCCGAGAAUCUGCUGCUCUCGCCAUCAAGUCAUUUACCGCAGCAGUAGGCAGUUGGUGCGCGACCAGCCAGGCCGAAACCUACUUGCCCUUAUUGCUGGCGCUUUAUGACACCCUGAACGACGACGACGAAGAGAUACGAGACAUCGGCGCCGCUGCCGCAGCUCCCGUUCUAGGCAAGCUCUUGGUUCCAACCGAAGCUGCACCCCAGCUGCUCGAGCACGUGGUCGCCACCAUGCCCACAUCCAACGAGUUGAAAAACUACGUGGCCCACAAACUCACAGGCAACUCCAAGAUGUACCCAACCAUGGACGAAGCAAGUAGCAAGGAGGCCUUGUCGUCGACAGCCAGCCCCCGCGACGAACUCCGCGCGGCCCUGACCUUUGACGAGUCCCUCUUCGUCAUCGAGGAGCAGAACCUCUUCAUCGACGAGGUGCGCGAGACCCAGCGCUGGGUCCACGCCCUCGAGGCCCUCGACGUCCGGGCUUCCGGCGACGACGCCACCAUCGCCAGGCUCAAGGCCUGGGCCGUCGAGGGCGUCGAGGCCGUGACGAGCCAGGCGGCGCGGGCCGGUGACGGGCCGCUGGGCUGGACGUCGCAGCCCAAGGUCUUUGCCAUCUGCUGCAGGUAUAUGCUGGUCGCCGAGGCCAUCGCGAGGCUCUUUGGGGACGACCAGGUGCGCUCGCUGCUCGCGACGUGUCUGGAUGCGUGCAAACAAGCCGGUGUCCAUGGGACCCUGCUUGAUAUGGCCACCACGGCCGUUUGA